CUUCCUACCAGUAAACGAUAUACCUCAUUAUCACUAAGGACUUGAAACAACACGCUACAUUGUGUGGAACGAGCGUGAUCAAAACGGACCGUACACACAAACCCGACAUCUUUUGUGUCGUAAAUUGUUUGCUUUGCAGACGACCGAGGCAAGUCAAACAAUUCUGCUUUUGAUUGGUUAAUAAAACGCAGCCCAAGGACGAAUCAUGAACAUGGAUUAUCAGCAUUUUGAAGGAACAGCUCUCGAACCAUAUGCACAUUCACCUGAAGGCUCUGCCUGCAGCUCGAGCGGGUCAGAAACAAGUUUAAGCCCGACACCAUCGCCACAAGCUGCAAUGUUUUACCCGCCAGGACACAGACUUACACUCUCGUACCACAAUCACUGUCAGUCGUACAUGAAACGACUCUACACAAACAGCAGAGAGCGGUGGAGGCAACAACACGUUAAUCUGGCGUUUGGUGAGCUAAGAAAACUACUUCCAACUUAUCCACCAGAGAGGAAACUCUCUAAGAACGAAAUCCUUAGACUUGCUAUGAAGUACAUCCGAUUUCUGGACGAUCUUCUCAAAGACAUGGGCGACAACAGCAAGCAGAAUCAAGAUUCACGCGAAGAUGUCUCUGACACAAGGCUCAAAGAAGAAAGACGAGAAAAAGGACAAUUACACUGCAAAAGACAAACCAACUGUUCUCUUUCAUUCAUGGAAGGAAUGGAAACAAAUGUUAUCGACUCAAACGCGCCAUCGAUAUUUGACGCGCAUUAACUUUCUCUGAAGAUGUCUACAUUUUACAACACGCACAGAUAUUUCACAUUUUCCGUAUUAACUGCGGUCUAAUGUGAUGAUAUCAGUCUAAUAUCUGACAAAUAAGGGCCUCAGUGGAACAUUGUCCACGAAUUGUUGCAGACUGGAAUUGUAAAUAGUGUAAUUAUUUCUAAGGCUGUUCUUUGUAAUCGUGUUUACUGUUAUCCUUUAACUUGUGUAAAUAGUUUUUUUCCCCGCUGUUGUGUCUAGUUUGUUUGUUUAAGAGUUAAAUCGUCUCUUUAUUUGUAAUGCGUUAGGAUGUUGAACCCUCUAAAACUAUUAUGUUUAUCUGUCCAGAGAUUUGCCAUCUAAAGAAACUG